AUGAUUGGACCGAAGGGCGAUGGGGGGCCCAAGGGGGACGAUGGACCUCCAGGACGAAGGGGUCCCAUGGGCAAACCUGGGAAGCGUGGCAAACACGGCUCCAAGGGAGACUUGGGCCCACGUGGGCCCCCAGGAAACCAAGGGUCCCCAGGCCCUCCCGGCAUCUCUGGCCCCUUAAUGAAGGCAGAUGGUGGUCAGAUGCACGGGAGAAAGGGAGAGCGAGGGCCUCAAGGACAGCCUGGACCACCAGGAAAGUGCCUGUGUCCUCAUCUGAACCCCAAGACUCAAAAUCCAAUGGUUCAAUCAGGUGUACAACCUUUUCCUACAUUACCAACUGUGUAUGUAGUAAAAGAUCAAGAGGAGCUGGAUCAAUUUAAUGUACCAAGUACAAUUGUCUUUCGCCGGGACAUUCGCUCACUUUUCUUCAAGGAACCAACAGGCUGGGUGCCUAUCCAGCUGGCUCCUCCACAUUUCACGGGCUACUGUGGAGAUGGGACGGUGCAGGAAGAAAAUGGAGAAGAAUGUGAUGAUGGAAAUGAUGUCAGCUCUGACACCUGCAUAGGCUGCAAGAAGUCAUUCUGUGGCGAUGGCCACCAGCAAGAAGGAGAGGAGGAGUGUGACAAAGAGGACUUUGGCUUCCACACCUGUGGGACUUAUCUUCCUGGAUCCUAUGGACAAUUAAGAUGUACUAUUUACUGUCGCAUAGACUCAACCAACUGCCGGUUCUUCACGUGA